AUGUCGAUUUCCUUAGUCUCAUCACAGUACGCUAGCUUUCUUGUAGCUGUUGUUCUAUUUCUAUUGUGUUCACCGAUCAUCAAAUCAAGCUUUGCAGACGAUCAACGCGCAAUAUACCUGGUUUUAAUGGAAGGAGAACCUGUAGCAUUUCGCCAAAGCGAUGCCACACCUUUUGAAGAAGGAAAAACACUAGAUCCAAACAGUCUGGCUUCAAAAGCCCAUGCUAAACGCUUGGUGGACUCACAUGAUCUUCUUCUUCAAAGCACUCUAAAGCUUGGGACUUACAAUAAGAUUUACAGCUUCAAACACAUUGUUAAUGGCUUCGCUAUUCACACCACUUCUUCUCAAGCUAAAAUACUUGAAUCAGCUCGAGGGGUGAGGUUGGUAGAGAAAGAUAGAGGUGCAAAGUUAAUGACAACAUAUAGUCCUCAAUACUUAGGACUACCUACAGGGGUAUGGAGUCGAAAAGGAGGAUAUAGAAAUGCUGGUGAAGGUAUUGUCGUCGGAGUCAUUGAUACGGGCAUCAACCCAAUGCAUCCAAGCUUUGCUUACGAUACUACGAAUCCAUUUACGUCGAACUUAUCUAGGUUUUCAGGUGCUUGUGAGACUGGACCUAGGUUUGAUGUGAGUGCAUGCAAUGGGAAGAUAGUCUCUGCUAGGUAUUUCUCAGCUGGAGCUCAAGCUGUUACACCACUUAACUCAUCAAUAGACUUCUUAUCACCUUUUGAUGCAGUUGGGCACGGAAGCCACGUGGCAUCAACCGCUGCUGGUAAUUCUAUGGUUCCAGUCAUCAUGAAUGGUUUCUUUUAUGGGUUCGCCAGUGGGAUGGCUCCGCGUGCACGGAUUGCUGUUUACAAGGCAAUCUUUCCGAGUGUCGGAACAGUAGCAGAUGUGGUUUCUGCAAUUGAUCAGGCAAUUAUAGACGGAGUAGAUAUCUUAACACUUUCAGUUGGACCAGAUGAACCUCCAGAAGACACAAUUACAUUCUUCAAUGUUUUCGACAUCUUCAUGUUAUUUGCUCGUCGUGCUGGAGUCUUUGUUGUCCAAGCAGCUGGUAAUAAAGGGCCAUCUCCAUCCACAGUCGUUUCUUUCAGUCCUUGGGCAGUUGGUGUUGCUGCAUGCAGCACAGACAGAAGUUUUCCAGGUACUCUUAUUCUUGGAGAUGGUCAAAGAAUCUCGGGUGUCGGAUUGUCAGGACCAACUAUGGGAAACGGGUUACUACAAUAUAAGCUGGUGUUAGCCAAGGAUGCAGUGAAGGAAAAUGGGACAUUUCCAAAGACACCAGAAUAUGUCGAAGAAUGUCAAUACCCUGAAGCAUUAGAUCCUACUGCAGUGCAGGGUAGUAUUGUUAUCUGCAGCUUCUCUGCUGGCUUUGCUAAUGGGACCUCCACUGUCACCACCAUUAUCGACACAGCUAGGGCAUUAGGGUUCGCGGGCUUUAUUCUAGUAGCUAACCCUGCUUACGGAGAAUUCAUCGCUGAACCCAUUCCGUUCUCAGUUCCAGGAAUUAUGGUUCCAAGACUAGUUGAUGCAAAAAUUAUUGCCGAUUACUAUGAGCAGCAAAUUUAUAGGGAUCAGAGUGGAUUUGGUAGAAGAUAUAGUGGAAAGGCAGCAAUUGGAGAUGGAAGGUUAGCUCAUUUUCAAGGUCAAGCGCCCGUUGUGAGUAGGUUCUCUUCAAGAGGACCAGAUAUUAUUGACAGUAACAGGAAUCCGGUAGACGUUCUUAAGCCAGAUAUUCUCGCACCAGGACACCUUGUAUGGGCAGCUUGGAGUCCCGUUAGCAUUUUUGAUCAAAUCCUUAUGGGGCAAAAUUACGCAUUAUUAUCUGGAACAAGCAUGGCAACUCCACAUGUAUCUGGAAUUGCAGCAUUAAUCAAGCAAUUCAAUCCACUGUGGACUCCGUCAAUGAUCGCUUCUUCAAUCUCCACAACAGCAUCCAAGUUUGACAAUCGCGGGGAACCAAUAAUGGCAGAAGGAGCUGAGAUUGAUAGCCUUUACCCGUCUACACCUUUCGAUAUCGGGGCUGGCCUAAUAAAUCCAACGCGUGCUUUGGAUCCAGGACUAGUGUUUGAAUCAGGAUUUGAAGACUACAUAAAUUUCCUAUGCUCAUUGCCCAACGUCGAUCCACCGACUGUAAAAGCAAUGACCGGAAAAUUGUGCAAUAACUCGUUUGCGUGCCCGUCUGAUCUCAACGUUCCUUCCAUAACCAUUUCAUCUUUGAAUGGAUCAAGAUUCAUGAAACGGACAGUUAAAAGUGUGGCAACGAAGACGGAGACAUACUUAUGUUCUGUUCUACAACCACCCGGGAUUGCAAUUAACGUAACUCCAUCUUGGUUUACAAUCAAUCCAAAAGGGAUACAGGAUUUGUACAUCAAACUCGAAGUGAACGAAGUUAAAGAUGAUUUUAGCUUCGGUGAGAUUGUUCUUACAGGAAGUUUGGAUCAUAUUGUUAGAGUACCAUUAGCAAUUUUACGUGCUUCAGUGUCUUAG